CGCACAGCACAGCAGCCUGCAGACCUCAACACCUGCUACAAAGGAAACAGCCUUCAUCCUGUUGUAAACAAUUACUGGAUUCUUCCCCUUGCAACUUAUAACCGAAGUGAUGGACGCAUACCACGUUGGGAAAACAGUUUUACGCACAAAAGCGCUCAGUUGGCUUCACUGAACUCAAUCUUAUUCUCAUCAUUAAGGACAUAGGUGCUUUUGCGAGGAUGCCCGGAGCACCACCCUUCUACAUCGGGAUGGAGGUGCUGAUCGCGGUCGCGUCUGUGAUCGGGAACGUGAUGGUGGUCUGGGCGGUGAAAAUUAACAAGUCGCUUCGAGAUAACACGUUUUGCUUCAUCGUCUCUCUGGCUCUGGCGGAUAUUGCAGUGGGCGCCCUCGUCAUCCCGCUGGCCAUCACCAUCAGCAUCGGACUUCAGACUCACUUUUACAGCUGCCUGCUCGUGGCGUGCACGGUGCUGGUGUUGACGCAAAGUUCAAUCCUCGCCCUCCUGGCUAUAGCAAUUGACCGCUAUCUCAGGGUCAAGAUCCCGACCAGGUACAAGCAGGUGGUGACCCCUCGGCGAGCGGGGCUGGCGGUGGUGGUAUGCUGGACGGUGGCUUUCAUCGUGGGCUUCACACCCAUGUUGGGCUGGAACAACCUGUGGCGCCUCCAGCAGGACGGCCUCAACAGCUCCAACCUCAUGAUCACCUGUCAGUUUGAAAAUGUCAUCAGCAUGGACUACAUGGUGUAUUUUAACUUCUUCAGCUGGGUGCUGCCGCCCCUCCUCCUCAUGCUGAUAAUCUACGCAGAGAUCUUCUACGUGAUCCACAAGCAACUCAACAAAAAGAAGUUCACCACCAGCCACACCGACCCCAACAAGUACUACGACAAGGAGCUAAAUCUUGCCAAAUCCCUGGCUCUGGUCCUUUUUCUCUUUGCUGUCAGCUGGCUCCCCCUCCACAUCAUCAACUGCAUCACACUCUUCUGCCCCGACUGCGAGAAGCCCUUAUCCGUCAUCUACAUCGCCAUCCUGCUCACCCACGGCAACUCCGCUGUCAACCCAAUCAUCUACGCUUUUCGCAUCAAGAAGUUCCGCACAGCCUUCCGGAAAAUCUGGCACCAGUACUUCUGCUGCAAGGACACGCCAGCUCUGGAGAUUCAGCCCAGCGACAGGAAGGAGAUGCCCGAUUCAGAGCCACUGCAAGCCCUGCCACCGCAGAAGGACGUCCCUAAGUCGGAUCCACCACCACAGCUGCCGUCUCCACCUGAGCAGCAGAACCAGAGGCCCGAACCACUGCAGCAGCCUAAAGAGCAUCCUCCCUCACUGGAGCAGAACACAGUCUAAGCCAAGGGAUGGAACUGAUUACUGGGCUGAAAAAGUAAUGAUCAGUACACAUGCAUUGGCUCGCUCCUCACCUGAAUGUAAUCUAGUGGGGAGUCUGAAGCGCUACGAUGAAGUGACUGAAAUAAAUACUAUAAUAAAUACAGGAAGGUCAUUUAUCUGUAUCUCAGGAGGAGAGGAUUUACUGAAGGCUUGGUGAGAAAAGAAAAACAAGGCAAAAAGGGUAUUUAUAAACCUCGCAAUAAUGGAAGUUGUAUUGACAGCGACAGCGUCUAUCUUAGUAACAGACUGAAGAUAUUAAGCUUUAACAGUUUGGUUCCUUUUGGUGAAACAACUUGGUGUGAACAUUACAAAAACGUGCAAUGUAAGUUAUCGUGGUUGCGCAGUAUCAGAUUAUCAAAACUUGCCGUAGAAUGAACAUUCAUGAGUUUCAAUGUGGAGCAGGUUCAUCUUACUACUGUACUACUGUGUGUGUGUGUUUCAACUGACAGUGGCUGAAGAACAUGAAUGUAAAAAUUAUGUAAAUAGGAGACUGUGGCAGCACAGCUGUGAAUGCUCAUCACUUCUUCAGGGUCUUAAUAGCACAACAGUGGCAGAGCAAGUAGAGCUAUGGGAUAUAUAUCUCUGCAGCGAGGCUGUGUGCAUGUUUUUCACUCCCAUAACUCUUCCCCACUGGAGCGGAGACCUUCAGUCACCCAGCAGCAAGGAUCCAUUAAAACGGAGGUGGCCAGGGAUAAGAAACAAACAGCUGGAGGGAAUGGGAGGUUCUAACCUUUUAGAAGCUGCGUGCAGGAAACUCGUGUCUGCAAGACGAAAGCAAGUCACAGGGGAGAGAGACCAGAUGCACUUAAAGCCCCUGUUUAUCCAGCCUACAUGGCAGCUGGUGCUAUGAUCAGGCUUUUUGUUUCCUGUGUUUUUUCUGUUCCCCCCACGUGGACUGAUGAUAACCUUAUCACAACUGACCACUAGAGACAGUGGCUUCCAUGGCCUUAUUCAGUAUUUCAAUUCGAGGGACUGGACUAGAAAGGAUAACCUGAAGAUUGUGAGUGUCUUAACCACACGACAAGCUCAACUUUUUUUGCAUACAGCCAAACUGGAGCGUGUAGAGAUUAAACUAUGGUCAGUGUCGCUGGCUUGAAAAGAAAAGACUGUGUAAGAAUGUAAAGUCAUUUUGCUGUGUCUCUUGUGAAGCCUCCGAGCUCUGGUCUCACUGAUGUUCUCCUAAGUGGGUGACAAUCUCUUAUGUAAGACUUUUUCUCUCGCUGCCUUGAACCAACAUCUUUCUGUCGGGGACGAGCAGGGAACAUUUUGACGACCGACGUGACGGUGUCAACUGAAACCUUUAUUCAAUCCACACCACCUGUCUACAAAUCAUACAGGCCAGGUAGACUGUACAUAUCACAGAUGUGAGGAAAACAGUGGAUGAAUAAAUGUAUGAUAAUCAUGUGCUUUCUAUAGCUAAUUCUUCUUCUAGGUGACCUUUACGAUGUUUAUCCCCAUAGUGGGAAGUACAAUAUGUUUUUUUCUGCGCUUGAUGAAUGACUUGUGGUGCAAACGUUAGGACUGAGCACACAAUCCAAACCUGUCUGCCAGUAAAUAUGUGAAAGAAACGUAGUCCAUGCAUCCAUUAUCUUUACCACUUAGGGGGUCUCGUGGGAAGCUAGAGCCAAUCACAGCUAACAUUGGGCGAGAGGCAGGGUACCACCUGGACAGGUCUCCAGCGAAUCGCAGGGCUAAGAAACGUAGUGCGGAUUCCUUCUGCCAAAGAGGCUACGUUUUUACCCCUGUCUGUUUGUUUGUUGGUUGAUUUUUUUGUUUGUAAGCAAGAUGACACACAGAAAACUGAACGAAUUUCUACAAAACUUUGUGAAAGGAUGUGGCAUGGGUCAGAGAAGCACACAUUCUAUUUUAGUGUGGACAUUUUUCACUUUUUUUUAAGAUUGGGACAUAGGGCUUCUUUCAACAUUUUCACCAUUUUGGGAGGGAAAUGAUAACUGGAUCUUAAUAUAACAUAUCAGUCACACUGUGGGGUUUGAUAUCAAUGAGUUUGUGGAAGUUUGUGAGUUGAGUUGAAUUUAAGGGGACCUUGGUGGAGGCAUCCACUCUACUUGUUGGAUUAUGAUUUCCAUAAAUAUCCUGGUUACAAAAUGUUUUCAUCUGGUCUGGUAAAAAUGUAAAUACAGAAUGUCAAGUUAUUUGUUGAUAUCAAGUAUUUAUUUGCCAAUCUUGCACUGUAACUGCUCGCAGUGACUACAACUUUAUUAAACUUUGUAUGGUUUAA